CCUCACGUCACCCUGAGAGCAUCGCCGCGAUGGCUAACUACCCUCAAAUAAGAUAACUAUCAUCCAUUCGCUCGAGACAUAACCGAUUCCAUACACAAAAUGACCGAAACUCCUCCUCUCGCAUACGCUACCUGCUCCAUCGGCCAUGGACCCGAUGACACUCUCCCCGCGAAACUCAAGGCUAUAAGCCAAGCAGGUUUCAAGGGGAUCGAGCUCUCGUUCCCCGACAUACUAGCCUACGGCAACGAGCUCCUCGGGCACCAAGUCGCUCCAGACAACUACGAUGAGCUAGUCAAAGUCUCCAAAGAAAUCCGCCAAUUAUGCCAAUCCAACCAGCUCACAGUCAUGAUGUUACAGCCGUUUGCACAUCUCGAAGGCUGGCCGCGGGGCUCCCCUGAUCGCGACGACGCGUUCAACCGAGCUAAAGGCUGGAUAUCGAUUAUGGGCGCAGUAGGCACGGAUCUCCUACAAGUCGGAUCAACCGAUAUCCCGCGCGAGCGGCUCUCCGCAGAUACAGACAACAGCGUCAUCGAAGAUCUACGCGAGCUGUGCGAUAUGCUAGACCAGCACGGGCACAAGCGCCUCGCAUACGAGAACUGGUGCUGGUCGACCCAUGCGCCGACCUGGAAAAAUGCCUGGGAAGUGGUACGCGCCGUUGACAGGCCCAAUAUCGGGCUGUGUCUGGAUACCUUCCAGACUGCUGGGUCGGAAUGGGCGGAUCCGACGACGGAGUCGGGUCUGAUUGAGGAUAUUCCGCGCGAGACGCUGGAGAAGCAGUUCCAGCAGAGCAUGCGCGAGCUGGGGAACUUGGUCCCCGCUAGCAAGAUCUACUUGCUCCAGGUCUCGGAUGCGUACAAGCCUUCGAAACCAUUGGCUACGGAUGACACGACUGAAGGGCAGAGACCGCGAGCGCGGUGGAGCAGUCGUCUGCGUCCAAUGCCUUACGAUGGAGGGUAUCUGCCUAUUGAAUCGGUCACGAAAGCGGUGCUGGCAACCGGGUUUAGAGGCUGGUUUUCGAUGGAGAUUUUUGACAAAGGGCCUGAUGGCGUGGGUAGAAGGGAUAUUUCUGAUAUGGGGUCUUUUGCCCAGCAAGCGAUGCGAGCCAUGAAGAAGUUGUUAGAUCAAUGCUCCGAGUAAGGUUCGCUUUCAUGGCCUCUGCAGUCAGUUCUAGCUGGUGUUGUUUAUGGAUGUAAUAUAAUAUCAAGAACACAUACAACCCCACAUCAUUAUAAUCUGACUAGACCUAAAGCAAUAAGCAAUUCCCAUACCAUGGCAAAACAGGGUGUUCAAUCAAUUCACUCCAGGCUGGCUUGC